AUGGGAUUCUCAAGCCAUCUUCGAGCUCUUUCGCCAACAACUGGUCGCCACUACCAUAAUGGUGCGCGGGCUUCCACCGGCAUGGUUCACCUCAAUUCGGGUUACGAUUCGUAUGACGGGGGUCGAGGUCGUCACGACCAUGAAGACUAUUACUACCCAUCGGAUACCGGUUAUAGACACGAGCCACGCCAUCGGUCGGCGAUCGAUGUACAGCCGGUGUCAUCGCACAAAUUCACCGAUUCAGGUCACUCCGCCAAGAAGCGCACCGAGUAUGCCAUACAACCCCGUACUCGGCACAGAAGCCACACUGCCUCUGGGACGGACCUUUAUCAUACCCCCCUUCGACUCACGGUCCCGUCGUCCUCGUCAACUCACGUGCGUUCAGGCGAUUAUUCAACUCGCAGUCACCGCUCACUGAGUCCUCUUCCACCCGCUGCGGAUACCCAUGGUCAUGGAAAGUCCGUUCAUUUAUCUUCCCACCAUGGCAAGGGACAUCGACGGGUGUUCAGUACCGACUAUGGUAGCGAUACCACUGCUUUGGCCAGAAAGGAUCACGACAGACAUCAUCCCGGUAUUUACCACCCAAGUCACCAUGCGUCGUCACCCUCUACCAGACGGCACCGGCACGCUCAUCCGGGAAGCUUGAGUAAGAGCUAUAACAUUGAUGAGGACAAUGCAUACUCGUACACGGGCCCUGGCGAAGAAGCCCGGCGGGACUUGUCUGGUGACUAUGCUAUCGUCCGGAAAAGUCGUCGACGCGGUCGAAUGUCUCUGGACCGACCAAUGAGUGUGAACCUCGACGACGGACACCACCAAUGGCAGAUGCGCGGCAAGGAGCAUCGCGUUCGGGGUCCACCCCCUACUUCAAGGGGGUUGGACAGGAUCGAUCGUGAACGCCGUCCCCGAAGCUCCAGUCGGGGACCUCAUGGAGGUCGCGAUGGUUCGAAGACUAGGCCGUACCCAGGACACGAGCAAGCUCUGAUGGUUCUGCCUCACGAAUCCGACGAGGAUUACUACAGCGACGUUCAUCGACGGUCCAGGCGCCAUAGAUCUCAUCGACCGACGGAGGGCAAUCUUUCUCGAUCCCACUAUGAAGGGAGUGAUAGAGCUUUAGCUCUCGCUGCGGGGUCUCUCGGAACGGCUGCUCUCAGUGGUGGCUACUCUGAUAACUCAGACCGCGAGCCGCGUCAUCGGAGUCGGCGACACCAUCGUCGUCCGGAGACCCAGCACGACGAUGACUCCCCUCGCACUUCUGCGAGAGACCUCGGUGACGGAGAUCCAUCGAUUUCAGAACGCCACAGGCAAAUGUACCUCGAGCCACUAAACGACAAUGGCAUGCAUCGCAGGCGAAGACAUUCACAGCGGCGAGGCCACCGCCGUUCAGAAAGUGACCUUGAUGUCGACACGGACGACGAGGACCUUCACAAGUACCGACGAGAACCCGUUGCGAGACCACAUCGAAGCCGACACAGCAGUGAGGACACAAGCAAUGAUGAGAGUACUCCAGCCACGCGUGCCCCUCGAGAGCGAUCUUUUCACCGUUCUCGUUCGCGCCAAGCUCGUGACGACCGACGGGCUGGGAACUCACACAGUCCGCUCUCUUCAGACUCCCGGGAGAAUGCGCAAAAGACACUUACGGUAGAACCUCCUGCCAGCAAAGAGCCAGAGCCAGCGCCUGUCAAGGGAAUUCUCAAGCCGCCCAAGAAAGCGUUCCCAGAAGAGCCGAACCCAAUUCGGGAAGGUGUCGCUCCAUUGAAGGACGCGAACAAAAACGGAAUUCCACCAACCGCACGUUGGACCAAAAUUGACCGGCGACUGGUCAACCCUGCAGCUCUAGAGGCCGGAAACGAGAGAUUUGAAGAGCGGCCAGAGUUCGUCAUUGUGUUGCGAGUCUUGACCAAGGAGGAGAUUCAGGCCUAUGCCGUUAAGACUCAGGAGAUUCGAGGUCAGUUGGCGCGCCACACUCUUGAAGUUCCAACUGACUCACAUGGAAAUUUAGAUGCCCGUCGUGAACAGCACGAACAUGAAAGGCGCCAGCGCCACCAAAAUGACAGUCCUUCCACCGACGAGGAAGAUGAAAACUCAGACGAACCGCGGAGAAUCGAAGCUGCUCCAGCUCAUGCGACUCCUCCUAGCGCGAAUUCAUCUAUGCCUCUGCGCUCGCGGCCCGCAAGCCAUUCUCCUCCACUCCCUGGGCGCCCAACUGCUAGCCAAGUGGAACAACUCCUGUCUGUAUAA